AUGGCGGAAUACAAACUCAUCUACGAGUCUGAGCUGGAUGCCUUCCACCCCUCCUACCGCUGGGAAAGCCAAAGCCCAAUCGGAGACUGGAAAUCCGCAGCUCUCCGCGGCCCCGCCCUCCCAGUUCUAGGCAAUGCAGUCGCUGGCGCCGUGGGCUCAGCUGUUUCCAGCGUCGUCGUCUACCCCCUCAGUGUCAUCAUCGCCCGAUUACAAACCCAACAACGAAAAGACAAGAGCACGGACAAGAAAGAGGAUGAGAAUGGUACCGAUGAAGAGGGAGAGUAUAACAGCAUCCUCGAUGCAGCCUACAAAAUUUAUCUCGACCAAGGUCUAGCGGGUUUCUAUCCUGGUCUAGCACAGGACACCUGCAAGACAAUCCUAGACUCGUUCCUUUUCUUCCUCGCCUACAAUACUGUCCGUCAACGCCGAAUCGUUGCCCGCGUUGGCCCCGCCCGCGCAGCAAAAACGAAGAACAUCGUUCUCCCCAUCAUAGACGAACUCGCCAUCGGCGUCGUAGCCGGCUCCUUCUCAAAGCUGUUCACGACACCGCUAGCAAACAUCGUCACAAGAAAGCAGACCGCUGCGCGAAAGGGCUCUAAUGGACCAGCCCAAUCGACACUGGACAUUGCAGCGCAGAUCCAGAAAGAAAAAGGUCUGUCCGGCUUCUGGUCCGGAUACUCGGCGACAAUGAUCCUGACUCUAAACCCGUCCAUCACCCUCUUCCUAAAUGAGGUGCUGAAGCGCGCUAUUCUUCCGCGCGCAAAAAGAGAUAAGCCCUCGGCCGCAGUGACCUUCUUGCUGGCUGCGCUGAGCAAGUCCGUGGCAUCGUCAAUCACGUACCCGUUUUCGCUGGCGAAGACGCGUGCGCAGGCUAUGAGCGGUAGUGAAUCACAGAAGCCAGGCCAGAGCAAAACUGUCCUAUCGGCUCUCAUGCCGCAGAUCGUCUACAAUGUUAUCACCAUUGCGCGUGCGGAGGGCAUUUCCGCUGUCUACGCUGGUUUGUCCGGUGAGCUUCUGAAGGGAUUUUUCUCGCACGGUUUUACCAUGUUAGUGAAGGAUGCUGUGUACAACUCUAUUGUGAAGAGCUAUUAUAUUCUUCUCAUACUUUUGCGUCGAUACCCGUCGCCUGAGGAGCUUAUUUCGCGUGCGAGGGAGCAGGCGGAGGAGUAUAGUGAUAUUGCGCGCGAGGGAGCCCGUGAACUUGCGGAAAGGGCUAAGGAAGGCACUGAAGAUUUGCUCAAUAGCCACUCUGGCAGUGUAGCUGUGGACAUGACUUCCAAUGCGGCUGCGGCUGCGACUGCGGCUGGAGAAGGGGCUUCGGAAGCUGCGCAUGGGGUUGAUGCGUCGUCUGGGCUGAAGAUCGCACCUAUGCCGGAUGAUAUUAAUGAAACUGCUGAGUUAGUCGGGGAGUACGUCGAGGAUGAGGCGGAAGAAUGGAAGAGCUUCUACCAUUGGUUUUGGGAUAAGGAUCGGGGGCAUAAGGUGUGA